AACUUAAUUAAUCAAUUAUCUACUAACCUACCUACUUAAUUAAUUAAUUAACCAGUCCUCUCUCUCCUCUACUAAUCCCACUCCCUCUCCCUCUCUAUCUAGAAUCUUCUUCGAUCGUUACAAAGCAAACUGUAUACAUUUAUCUAUCUCUCCUGCACACAAACACAAAAGCAGCUCCAGAUCUCAUCAAAGCAAGUCAAACGACAGGACUUGCUUGUUCUAGUAAUGGAGGAGAUUCCAAGCCAAUCGAUUGGUAAAGAUGAUGAAAAUGAAAGAGCUAUGGAAGAAGCUGCGGUUGUGCGUGGUGAGCCUUUGCAAGAUGGGAAUCAUCCUCCGAAAGUCGAAUCCGCGGUUGAAAUACUUCAAGAGAAAGUCACCAAGCAAAUCAUUAAGGAAGGUCAUGGUCAGAAGCCAACCAAAUAUGCAACAUGCUUUUUGCACUACAGGGCAUGGACAGAAAGCACUCAGCACAAGUUCGAUGAUACAUGGCAUGAACAACGACCAUUUGAAAUGGUUUUAGGAAAAGAGAAGAAUGAAAUGGCGGGUUUAGCUGUUGGUGUUUCCAGUAUGAAGGCUGGUGAACGUGCCCUCUUACAUGUGGGCUGGGAAUUAGGCUAUGGGAAAGAAGGGAACUUUUCUUUCCCAAAUGUUCCUCCCAUGGCAGAUAUAAUAUAUGAAGUCGAGCUUAUAGGAUUUGAUGAAGUCAAAGAAGGGAAAGCUCGUGGUGAUAUGACUGCAGAAGAGAGGAUCGGUGCAGCAGAUCGAAGAAAAAUGGAUGGAAAUUCUCUAUUUAAGGAGGAAAAACUUGAGGAGGCUAUGCAGCAGUAUGAAAUGGCAAUUGCAUAUUUGGGCGACGACUUUAUGUUUCAGCUGUUUGGCAAGUACCGAGACAUGGCAUUGGCAGUGAAGAAUCCAUGUCAUCUUAACAUGGCGGCUUGUCUGAUCAAGCUUGAGCGCUAUGAAGAAGCCAUUGCACAAUGCACCAUUGUAUUGGUAGAGGAUGAAAACAAUGCUAAGGCUUUGUUCAGAAGAGGGAAAGCCAGAGCAGAGCUUGGGCAGACAGAUGCUGCCCGGGAAGACUUUCUCAAGGCACGUAAACAUGCACCUGAAGACAAGGCAAUUUUGAGGGAGUUGCGUUUGCUGGAUGAGCAUGAUAAAGCUAUAUAUAAGAAGCAAAAGGAGAUAUAUAGAGGGAUUUUCGGACCACCACCACAGCCAAAACCGAAGCCAACUAAUGUGCUGAUUCGCAUAUGGCAAUGGUCAAUCCUCGUCUGCCAAUGGCUGCUAUCACUGAUUUAUCGCCUCUUCAGGCGUGAAAGGCACAAAGCCGACUAAUUAUAGGUCAACAUGUGAGUGAACAAUGCAUGAACCCAGAUCUACUAAAUUAAAGAUUUACUGAUGACUUUAAAAUCCCUGCAUGCCAAAGCUCUCACUAGCUCUAAUGUUCAUGUUCCAUUGAAAUCCGCAUCCCAUGUGCACUUGCCUGGUCGCACUUGCCAGUUUUGAUUAUCGAUAUAUCAAGAUAAAUUAGCAAGAUUGGUGAAUCAAAUACUUUUGCAGAUGGCUCAAAUAUUUUAUUCUCGGUGCAAAUUGGAUGUUCCGUAUUAAGUCU